AUCUUCCGGUGUGUCUCCGUCUUGAGCCUCGUCGCAGAGUAUAAAAAGAGUUGGACAUGGAGGAGGUUUGUGGGUUUUGGAGCGCCUUUUACGCAGCAGCUUCACCAGCUGUACAGAGCCAUGGCCACGUCCGCGGUCACAGUCACACUCUUCGGCUUCUUCUGCAUGUUUGCGACAUGGACAGAUGCUGUAACAGAAAUGCCCAAAGUGGAACUCAUCGUCGCGAGAAAAGAUAUUCCGCUGGGAAGCACGGAGUUGUUGUUAUGCAGAGCUAAUAAAGCAACGACAUUCAGAUGGGAGAAGGAUGAAGAAGAGAUUGAUGAGCUUAUAGACAGUGAUGAAGAAAAUAGUAGGCUGACCUUGAAGAAUGUCAAGAUGACAGACAGUGGAAUUUACAAGUGCAUUUGCGAUUUCGAUGGUGAAGAAUACGAGGAUUCCGUCAACCUAUAUGUCUAUGAGACACCAAACUUUGGUACAACUAAGACUUUCCAUGAGUUUUUGGUGAACCAGACAGUGCACAUUCCAUGUCUGGUCACCGGGAAGCCUGAAGUGGAGACCAACUGGUAUUGGAAUGAUGUCCAAGUGUCACGUAAUGACACAAGUAAUCUCAAUGUGCUACCAGACGGGUCGCUGAAGAUUACAAACAUUCAGAGGGAAAAUCACGGAACCUAUGGCUGCGAGGGAAAAAUCAAAGGACGGCCCAUAUCGAGGACUCUGAACAUCUCUGUUGUUGUAAAUGUUCCACCAACUGUCUUAUUUCACGGUGAGAGGACAAAGGUUUUGGCUGGACCAGACAGAAAUGUCACUUUAACCUGCUUGGUUACAGGAGCACCCCAACCAAGUAUUACCUGGGAAACGCCUGAGACAUCAGAUUCCUCUCGCUACUUGUACAACUCAGACAAGAGUAAGCUCACUAUUCCAGGUGUGGCCAGAAGUGACUUUGGAAGAUACGUUUGUAGCGCUGUCAAUAAAAUUGGAGAAGACAGCGCAACAUUCACACUGGAUGUCUCAGAACUUCCGCUGGUGAGCCUGAGCCAGAGCGAGGUGGUCCUGAAUCUCGGGGAUUCAGUAUCUGUCUUCUGCAAUGCCACCGGACAUCCUACACCCACCAUACAGUGGCUGAACAGCAGCAAGAAUGGUGGCAUGCUUCAGAUCAAGAAUGUGGUGCCUUCUGAUGGUGGUGUGUAUUCCUGCAAAGCCACCAACGAGGCAGGCAGCAACACAAAGACCUUCACUCUAAUGACCUCUCCAGGAGUACCAACCUCAUUUACUAUAAAACCUGGAUCCGCAGCAUUCCACAUCAACCUGCAAUCUGUAGUGAAUGGGGGUUCUCCUAUUACUCAAUACAUCAUCCAGUGGAGAAAAGAAUCAAAGGAUGACUGGAAUGAGACUGUGAUCCCUUUUUCUGGUCGACUGGAGGUCACAUCUCUGGCUCCAUACACUGAAUACUCUGUCCGCUUUGCUGCUAAAAACAAGCAUUUUCGUGGAGACUUUUCUGCUGAAGAGAAGAUUCGCACCCUGGCCACACGGGAGCCAGACAUGCCUGGACUGUCUGCAGACGAGGGCAAGAUAGAGAGAAACUCCUAUUCAAUUCCAAUAAAGCAGCUCAGUGAUGGAGCCUCUCCCAUUCAGCACUAUGUAGUGCGCUACCAAAUGAACAAAGAAGGUGAGCCCUGGAGAGAAAAGAUAAUAGACGCAAACUCCAGUAGCAUUCACCUCCAGAACCUGGAGUAUGGCUCUGACUAUCAGGCUGAAAUCACUACUGUUAACAUUAAUGGCUUCUCCAAACCAGCUAAAAUCUAUUUCUCCAUCCCACAAGCUCAGCACAGCCUGGGUAAAGGUGGUGUAGUGGCCAUAGUGUUGGUCAUCUUCCUGAUGCUGUUGGUGGGGGUUGAUGCUUUGUGUUGCUAUACAAAUCACUGUGGCAUACUCAACUUCUUGGCCAGAAAACUGUUUGGCCCCAAUGUGACUGAAGCUAAAAGUCUGGAGGAGGGUGUGUUUAACAAUGUUGCUGUAACCAUGAAUGGGCUUGAGAAACCGAGGGGUAGCAUCCCAAAACUACAGUCACUAAACAAGACAGGAAAUGGAGUGCAGUCCGAAGUCACGUGUGACAAAGCUCCUCUCACAAAAUUUGAGAAAGCACUAGCCAAGGCUGACCCAGUCAACGAAGCACGAUUGUAAAAUGUUUUUGACACCAAAACAAAAAGAAAGAAUGACUUCAGGAAUGUAGCUUUCUGGCUUUUUUUGAUGCUAUAAUGCAGCACAAAAAAACCCCAAAACUGUACAAAAGUGUAUUAUAUUUUUUAUUUCGAAUUGCAAGUUAAGGUAAAUACUUUGUUGCAUGAAGUAUUAAGUGAUGGUAGAGUAUGAGAUUGGAAAUUUAGCUUUUGACAAAUAUGAUAAUUUUGUAGAUAAGAGCAGCUAACUGUGUACAGGCCAAACAUUAAACAGAUUUUCUGUGAUAAUCUGUACCAUUAGGAUUAUACUUUCAGCAUGCUGGAAUGUCUAAAGCAAUCAUUAUGGGAGGAUAUUAUUUCACAUUAAUGAACAGACAAUGCAUUAUUAUCACUAAUUUAUUUAAUAUAUUUUGAUGACAUUAAUAGCAAAAAUUAAUGUUUUAUUAUUGUUAUGAUAAUCAUUUGUUCUUUUAUGCAUGGAUUAUAUUGCCUAUGUAGUGAAACUCUACCAAAAAAUUAACUUACAGUACAUGUGUAUAAGCAAAUUUGUAUGAUAUAGGUUGUAGGAAGUGCUGUAUAUUUUUGUAAAUACGUUUUUGUUAUUUUACUAUUGACUGUAAUAUAUGUCUUAAAAAAUU